AUGGAGCAGUUCUUGGGAAGAGGCACGAACAAGGCCCCGCGCGGGGCUUCAACCGACGUCACUAUGUUUGAAAAAUCCCUAUACGACCUGAUAAAGGGCAUACGAAGCCACAAAGGAAAUGAGAAGCAAUAUAUUCAGAAGGUUCUGAAGGAAUGCCGGGCGGAGGUUCGCAGCCAGGACAUGGAUGUCAAGGCGACGGCUCUCCUAAAGCUUGUAUAUCUCGAAAUGGUUGGCCACGACAUGUCUUGGGCAUCGUUCCAUGUGCUCGAGGUCAUGUCGUCUCCAAAGUACCACCAAAAGCGCGUGGGUUACUUGGGCGCCGUCCAGAGCUUUCGAACCGAUACCGAGGUGCUGAUGCUUGCAACAAACUUGCUUAAAAAGGACUUGAGCGCGACAUCACCCAUUGUCAUGUCCCUUCCGAUAGCCGCCUUGCCUCAUGUAAUUACACCAUCCCUUGCUCUCUCGACGCUCGCCGAUUUGUUGCCACGCCUGGGCCAUAGCCAUGCGAACAUCCGGAAGAAGUCUUUGGUUACUCUGUAUCGUCUGGCAUUGGUGUAUCCGGAAACCCUACGAGCCGCUUGGCCAAAGAUUAAAGAACGUUUGAUGGACCCAGAUGAGGACUCGAGCGUCACAGCUGCCAUCGUUAAUGUUAUUUGCGAGCUUGGAUGGCGUCGGCCUCACGACUUCCUUCCACUCGCUCCCCGAUUGUUUGAGCUAUUGGUCGAUGGGAAUAACAACUGGAUGGCUAUCAAGCUGAUUAAAUUGUUUGCAAUUCUGACGCCCAUGGAGCCCAGAUUAACAAGAAAGCUGCUACCGCCUCUUACGAAUAUUAUUAGAACAACACCAGCCAUGUCCCUUCUAUACGAAUGCAUUAACGGAAUUAUCCAAGGUGGUAUCCUGAGCGAUGAGAGCUCCGACACGGACGAGAUUGCUACUCUCUGUGUUAGCAAACUGCGAGGAAUGAUAACAAUCAACGGAGAUCCUAAUUUGAAAUACGUUGCGCUGCUUGCUUUCAACAAGAUUGUCCUCACUCAUCCACAUCUUGUAUCAGAGCAAGAGGAUGUUAUCUUGGACUGCAUCGACAAUCCUGAUAUUACAAUCCGCAUACAAGCUCUUGACCUAUUCCAGGGAAUGGUGUCUGCUGAUAAUCUCACCCCCAUCGUUAGCCGUCUCAUGAAACAACUUAAGCUUGCAGCAGCAAAUGAUGGGCGAGAUGAUUCUGCUACUGCAUCUGUUGAUUCCAGUUACGAUUCGGAUGGUGAGCCAAAACCACCAACCCAAGCGUCGAAGCCUCGGUCUCAGUCACCGCCACUGCCUGAAGACUAUCGCCUCGACGUUGUCUCGAAGAUUUUACAAAUGUCUUCAAAAGACAAUUACGCCAACAUUACAGAUUUUGACUGGUACAUUGACAUCUUGACACAACUUGUCCGUAUCAUGCCCAUCACGACACCUAGCAGUGAUGAUGAGAGCGGCCUGGCGAGAGGCUCAACAACAAGCUCGGUGUCAAAGCGAAUCGGUAAUGAGUUGCGCAAUGUCGCUGUCAAAGUGCGCGCUAUGCGAUCAACUGCUGUCCGGGCAGCAGAUGAUAUCAUUUACCAACUACUCAAAAUUACUCCUGUUGGCCAUUCUGUGACUUCAGACACACUGCAAGCUGUUGUCUGGAUUCUGGGUGAAUAUUGCCAACUUCUCCAAAAUGCGGAUGAUACUCUCAGCAAUCUGCUUCAGCUGAUCCCUCGUGUUGGCUCAGUUGAUGUCAGUAUUGUCAUGAUUCAGGCGAUUGCGAAGAUCUUUGCUGCCGUGGCUGGUGAUGCCACAGAGCCGUGGACUGCGGAGCGCAAAUCUCGGAUUGCGCUACUUAUGGCGCGUAUUCUACACGUAGCAGAACCAUUUGCGCUGCAUCCAAACCUGGAAAUCCAGGAAAGAGCAUCCGAAUUUAUCGAACUGAUGAAGCUGACUGCGGAAGCUGCUGCUGGCCAGCCGGCAUCAACCAACGAAGCGCCACAAGACGCACCACUUCUCCUUACACAAGCGAUCCCAUCGCUGUUUAAUGGUUGGGAAUUAAAGUCCGUUGCUGUUGGUGCCCAAUAUCAUGUUCCUUUAUUGGAGAAUCUGGAUCUUGAUGCUCCGAUCCAUCGCGACUUGCCUGGCCUGCUUGCUCAAGCGAGCUUUGCCAAGCUGGGUGAAGAAGAAGUCGAUGCAUUUGAAGCUUAUUACAACGAACGGCCCGCACCAACGAGCAUUUCAUCUUCGACACCAGCACUGGACCGCCUUGCCGAUCCCGAGGAGUCACAAUCUGGAGGUUAUCAACAACAGCCUGACGAAGACGCCUACUUGGACCCAGAUAUUGUAGCACGGCGAAGGGCAAAGCGCUUGGAGCAAAACCGAGACGAUCCGUUCUAUAUUUCCAGUGAUGCUAACGUUGCAGAGCAAGCAUCUAUCCACAACAUCAUUCAAAGCAGUAACGGCGAUGAUGUGGACAUCGACUCCAUCCCCAUUAUGAAACUAGAUCUUGACCAAAUUUCUGUCCCAAAGCAAGCACCUCAGCGCCAGGCGCCGAAGCCUAGGCAGCAGAUCACAGUGGCAGCAGACGAGAUGCUACAAAGCAGUGGCGCUGGCACGCCGCGCUACGACUCCGAAGGCAAUGCCGAAUCUGCUGCCAAAGCUAAAGCGCGCAAACUCAAACAGGGCCUUCUACAGGUCGAUUCUAGCACCAUUGGUUCAUUCAGCCUAGAGGGGGAGCCUAAGCAUGCCCUCAGCCUGCAGCAGCAGCAAGAAGAAGAGGCAGAAAUGCAAAAAGCGAUGCAUGAGGUUGAGAAGCUACGCUUGGAGAUGCAGCGCGCAAACGAACGUAUUCAAGUAGCACAGGGUGUCGACACUGCCGGCAUCAUUGUUAAGAAAAAGAAGAAGAAGAAGGUGGUCAAGGAUGGCGAAGCAGCAGACAGCACUGAGAUUAAAGUCAAGAAGAAGAAGCCCAAGGUAGGUGACGAUGGAGAGGUCGUUGUAACUAAGAAGAAGAAAAAGCGAGCGCCAGUGACGUUUGACGACGAGCCAAAACCACUGGAUAGUUAA